CCAGACGGGGGUGUGGCGGCGGCUGCCCACGCGCGACAGCUGCGAAGUUGGGUCGGAAAAACGGCGGUGCGAGCCGCUCUGCCUCUUCCGCUCCUCCGCCCAAAACGUCUCCAAGACAGCCCGGCGUCCAUCGAGGCAGCAAACGGACCAGGCAGCAGCCAACCACGCACCGAUCGCACCCUCCAGCCAGCAUGUCGGGCAACUCUGUCAAAGGGCCAACGUCGGCCCUCUCCAGCUUUCUCCGAGAGAAGGGCAUCGUCGCUCCCCGCCUGCACUAUGGCCGGAGACGAGCCACACAGGAUGAGGAAGGGGGCCCAGAUCAACCCGAAGAACCAGCCUCGGCAACUGCGACCCCUGCAGCUCCUGCUCAAGAGCCAGAGCGCACCGACGAUGCCGACCCCGAGGACAGUGGCAAUCAGGAGAUGCGCCGAGUUGUGCGCCCGGAUCUCGCAGAUCAAGUGAUUGUUAUCGACAUCGACGUUGAGCCACCCAGUCGAAGUGCAGCCCAACCCGGUUCAUCAUCGUCGUCCGCCCAGCAAAGCCCAUCCCUCAAACGCAAGACCACCCGACAGACCUCGAAAAAGGAGGCCUCCAAGAAGCAGAAGCGCAAGGGCGACGGCGACGACGAUGACGACAACGACGGCGACUACAAUGAUGAUAUCAACAGCCGUUUCUUUGAGGUGGACAAAAAGCUUGCCCCGAGAUCGCAGCACUCCAAGCUGCGGAACCGGCGGCUGGAAGAGCAGAUGGACGAGAUGAGGGAGGAUCGCAUCGGAGCCAUCCGGUUUUGCGAUCGCUGCCAGCGCAAGUUUGUCCUGGAAAACCUAGGUGAUCAGAUCUGCCAGGCGUGCUUUACACUCCAUGGCGAGAAGCGAGCCAACAAAAUCAAGCGCAAGGCUAAGACCGUCAUGGAUCCGCUUCUCAAGAGGGAGGGCUCGGUCUUGUCGCUCAAGUCUAUGUGCAUCAAGAUCCUGGUCGACUACAUCGAAGAUAUCGAACAGCUCGGCGAUAUAUCGUAUGAGUCCAAGCAAACCAUCUCCCGCAUCAUCUCGCGCUCUCGUGUGCUCAACAAUCAAACGCUCGGUCUGUUCAUCGGCCCAGACGAGUCCAGCCUUGAUCUUUAUGAUUGCACUCUCCUCGACGAGAACGGAUACACACAAAUAUCGAGCUUCUGCCCAAAUUUGACCCAUUUGAAUCUGACGCUGUGCGGCCGCAUGAAUGAUCAUGUUAUCCAAGUCUACGCACGCAGCUUCCCUCGUCUGACGUCACUGACACUCCGGGGCCCCUACCUGGUCACCGACAAGGCCUUUGCCGCGCUGUUCGAGAGCCUCGGAGACAAGCUCAUGAAGCUCCGGCUUGAGAGCGCAGCCCAACUCGGGUUUGGAGGCCUCUCGGCUCUUGUCAAGAACUGCCCAAGGCUUAAAUCUCUCCAUCUGGACCAGUGCACCUCGGUCGGCGAUGCAGAGAUCAAGGCGCUUGGCGGCCUCACUAGUGUCGAGGAACUGCAGCUCAACUACCUCGGCAGCGCCAUAUCCGACGAGGCGCUCGGCGGAAUCAUCCAGACCAUCGGCCAGCAGCUGAGCGUGCUUUCGCUGAGCGGAUACGGCCAAAUGAAGGACGCGCUGUUGCUUGACGUCAUCGCCCCGAUCUGCAACCAGCUGCAGUUCUUCUCGAUCGCGAACUGCGAGUCGAUCACGGACGAGGGCUUUGAGCAGUUCCUCAACGUCUUCAAGAGGAAGGGCUCUACACGGCUGAGCAGACUCGAUCUGUCGCGGGUGACCCAGCUCGGGGACUCGUCGCUGAUUGUGCUCUCGAAUCUCCAUUGCGACAUGCUGCAGACGCUGCUGCUGAAUGGCCUCGAGGACCUGACCGAGCGUUCGCUCAAGGCGCUUGCCACAAAGCUGCCGAUGCUGGAGGUGCUGGAUCUAUCCUGGGUGCGCAAUCUGGAGGACGAGCUCUUGGAGGAGUUUUUCCGCAACUGCCCGCGACUCAAGCUCGCCAAGCUCUAUGGCUGUAACAAGCUGACGGAGUUUACAUUCCGAAGGCGGUGGACAAAUGCCAAGGGCGAGCCUAUCGAGCUUCUGGGCAACGAGUUUGACUGAGUGGGGCGGAACUGGUCUUAUUGUCGCUGCUGCUCUUGUUCUUGUUCUUGCUCUUGUUCUUGUUCUUGUCCGUGUCAGAGGGGUUCGGCAGGCGUUGCGGGUGUCUGUCCGUCGUCUGGGUUGUUGCCAUCGUUCGAAUAUCAAUGCGCCGGCUGGGCACUGGGUGCGUCCAGCACUCGCAGCUCCAGAUUCAA